UCUCGAAACAUCAUCCAGAAUGGAUACCAGUUACAGUGCCUUUUGGCUGCAAAGUCUUCUUACCAUCUGCAUCUUGCUGAGUGCGGUCACAGCGGGAAAGUAUUCACGGUUUCGCGCAUCAGAUGUUCAACGGAACGCCAUCUCCAACGAACCCUGUACCUGUGCCAUCUUUCUGUCCGGCCAAUUCAAUCGCUUCAAUCGAACGGAACAACCGAAGGGUAACCCUGGCAUUCAGCUGGAAUUGAUGCAACACUUUGCCUGCACCCCGACCGGGAACAAACAGUGCUCCAACCGGUGCCUGGAUGCGAUCGUCAAGCAUCUGCCCAACUCACAGAACGUCAUCUGUGCCACAAUCGAUCGGGACUGCUACCGGGAGCGGGCCUACCUCUUCUAUCAAAACUGUGUCCCUCGCUGGGUGAAUAGUAAUCUAUCCGCCGGCAAAGAGUUCUGCUGCCAAAACGAUGAACCGAUGCGAUGUAACUUGAUGGCCGAGCUUAUACGACAAUCGAUUCUGGAGAACGGGAAUGCAACGUCGACCGCGGGAACCAGUUCAGAAGAGCAGAGGUGAUAUCGGGGAAAUGGGGCCUCGCGCGAAUCGCGUUAAUAAAGUGCUCAAAACAAACCGACCAUCCGGGUCUGCUAUUUGUAGUGGUUGUUUCUCACAUCAUGAGCAAACGCAGAUCGGUAGCCACCAGGACCGGACACACCGACCGGAGUUUACCGAGCUUUUAUUCACGAUGCCGGGCGGGUUGG